UCACAGAAAGACGAACUGAGAAAAUCGAGGUGAUCGAUCUAACGGUUGUUGAUGAAGAUGUGACGAAACAAUCUCUCAUCGAAACAGCUAAAUCGAUGGAAGCUGGAAACAUCAUGUGUACUAUUAGAAGAUUCAACAUUAUUUUCACCGAAGUUUUCUUUAAAGAACUCGAUUACUACUUCAAAAAAAUGAGAGUUUUUGAAACAGUGCACCUAUCACAAACCGAAAAUGAGGUAACCUCUGAAAUUAAUAUCGAAAACACAGAACGCUUGGAAUCACACCCGGAAAUUAAAAAAAUGUACAGAAGUGAAUUUCUACUAAGAGUUAUGACCAAAAAUAAAUCCUUAGAAAAUAUUUUCCUGAAAUACAAAUAUCAAGCUGCCAUCGAGUAUAUUAAUAUGAUAUUAGAAGACAUAAUGAUUAGAGACGAUUUUGACAGUCGUAUAUUUACCAUGAUUAAAAAAGUCUUUUCGCUCGAAGCACUCGAAAAAAACGGAUUACAAGAUAUAUUACGAAAAAAAUACCAAACAAAAGUAAUAUAUGAAAUAGAUGUAAUUGAAUUAUUAAAUUUGUGGUGUGUUGUCAAUAAUUUCGUAAGCCUAUUACACGAUUUAAGUUCAGAGGAUUUAUACUUUGAAUUCAUCGAAAGUGGUUUAUUACGCGAACUUUACAAUAACUUUCAGAAAGAUUACGAAGAACCACUCACCGCCGAGAAGUUUAUCGAUUCAGUAAAAUUCUAUCUAGAUAAUACAUCAGAUGACGACCUGAAAGUUAUAUCGAUCACUGACUCAGAUGACGACCUUCCAUCAAAAGAUAAAAAUUUAUUCAAAAAAUUAAACCAAGGAAAUCACAACGUGAGAACACAAGAAGUUAUAUUGAUCAUUGAUUCAGAUGACGAUGAACUGUCUAUCAUGGCUGCAAAUAAUAAUGAUGAUGAUUUUACGUACAUCAACAACGAUCGUUCUCUUAGAAUCAGUAAGAAGAUUAUACGAGACAAAUUAAACAAAUUGAAAAAAAGAUUAGAAUCUGAAAAGGUUAUCAACCAUAUCAUCGAUAUAUGUAAAAAUAAAGAAAAAUACAAGCAUCACAAAGAGUACAAACCAUCCAGAUUACAAUUCUGCCGUCCCGCCAAAGUACUCAAUAUCGAUGAAUUAGUUUCUGGAUAUUAUGGAAUGAAAGGGUUUACAAUUAUGUUUAACUAUUUGAUGACAAACACACAAAAGUGGCAACCUUAUGUAAGAGAUCUCGAGGUUGAUUACAGCACCGCUCUAAAAAUCAAGAACAAGAAUGUUAAUUACGGCAAUACCCAUUUUUUCGGAGACAGUAAUGACGAAAGUUUUUGGUGA